AUGAUGCGUGUGGAUGUUACCAACAACUACAACUACAGUACCAGCAACAACUACAGCACCAGCAACAACUACAACUACUGCACCAGCAACGACUACAACUACAGCACCAGCAACAACUACAACUACAGUACCAGCAACAACUACAGCACCAGCAACAACUACAGUACCAGCAACAACUACAGCACCAGCAACAACUACAACUACAGCACCAGCAACAACUACAACUACAAUACCAGCAACAACUACAGCUACAACUACAGUACCAGCAACAACUACAACUACAGUACCAGCAACAACUACAGUACCAGCAACAACUACAACUACUGCACCAGCAACAACUACAGUACCAGCAACAAAUACAACUACAGCACCAGCAACAACUACAACUACAGUACCAGCAACGACUACAACUACAGCACCAGCAACGACUACAACGACAGCACCAGCAACUACUACAACUACCGCACCAGCAACAACUACAACUACCGCACCAGCAACGACUACAACUACCGCACCAGCAACUACUACAACUACUGCACCAGCAACGACUACAACUACAGCACCAGCAACAACUACAACUACAGCACCAGCAACGACUACAACUACUGCACCAGCAACGACUACAACUACAGCACCAGCAACGACUACAACUACUGCACCAGCAACGACUACAACUACAGCACCAGCAACAACUACAACUACAGCACCGGCAACAACUACAACUACAGCACCAGCAACGACUACAACUACUGCACCACUUAG